AUGAAGAGCGCUCUUCUUGCCGCCGCCGCGCUUCUGGGCUCCGCCCAGGCCGGUGUUCACAAGAUGAAGAUCCAGAAGGUUCCUCUGGCUGAGCAGCUGGCUACCACCUCCAUCGAGACUCACAUCCAGAACCUCGGUCAGAAGUACCUGGGCUCUGCCCGACCCAAGAACCAGGCCGACUAUGCCUUCAGCACCGAAGCUAUCAACGUUGAGGGCGGUCACCCCGUUCCCAUCUCCAACUUCAUGAACGCCCAGUACUUCUCCGAGAUCACCAUCGGUAACCCUCCCCAGAGCUUCAAGGUCGUUCUCGACACUGGCAGCUCCAACCUCUGGGUUCCUUCCCAGGAGUGCGGCAGCAUCGCCUGCUACCUCCACUCCAAGUACGACUCUUCUGCCUCGUCCACCUACAAGAAGAACGGCAGUGAAUUCGAGAUCCACUACGGGUCCGGUAGCCUGUCGGGUUUCAUCUCCAACGAUGAUGUCCAGAUCGGCGACCUCAAGAUUAAGGGCCAGGACUUUGCCGAGGCUACCAAGGAGCCCGGUCUGGCUUUCGCUUUCGGUCGCUUCGAUGGUAUCCUGGGUCUGGCCUAUGACACCAUCUCUGUCAACCACAUCGUCCCCCCCUUCUACCAGAUGGUCAACCAGAAGCUCCUGGAUGACCCCGUCUUUGCCUUCUACCUGGCUGACCAGGAGGGCGAGAGCGAGGUUGUCUUUGGUGGUGUUGACAAGUCCCGCUACGAAGGCGAUAUUGAGUACAUUCCUCUCCGCCGCAAGGCUUACUGGGAGGUCGACCUCGACGCCAUUGCUCUCGGCGACGAGGUUGCUGAGCAGGAGAACACCGGUGCCAUUCUUGACACCGGUACCUCCCUGAACGUUCUCCCCAGCGCUCUGGCUGAGCUCCUGAACAAGGAGAUUGGUGCCAAGAAGGGUUACAACGGCCAGUACACCAUUGAGUGUGACAAGCGCCAGACCCUUCCCGACAUCACCUUCACCCUCGCCGGAUCCAACUACAGCCUCCCCGCCACCGACUACAUCCUUGAGGUUUCCGGCAGCUGUAUCUCUACCUUCCAGGGCAUGGACUUCCCCGAGCCUGUUGGUCCUCUUGUUAUUCUUGGUGAUGCUUUCCUCCGACGGUACUACUCUGUCUAUGACCUCGGCAAGAACGCCGUUGGUCUGGCCCGCUCCAAGUAA